CACUUUGUUUUUAUUUUUCACACAGACGCCAGUGUCAGCACCUCUCAUUCAAGAGCUCUCGCUCCUUCAGAUGAGAUGGACACCGAGGAAUUUGGCAGCGGAAUGGUGGUGGUCUGCGUGAUACUGGGCCUGUCCUUUCUGGUCGGGACUCCUGGCAACCUGCUGGUGAUCUGGACCAUCCUGCGCCACAUCAAGCACCGCUCUCACACGGUGGUGCUCAUCCUUCACCUCGCUGUUGCAGACCUGCUGGUACUCAUCACCCUCCCCUUGUGGAUAUACUCGCUGGCUCACUCUUGGGUGUUUGGAGAGAUCUCCUGUAAAGUCAUGGGCUUUUUGAUCAACGCCUGCAUGUAUGGCAGCGUUUUCCUCAUCACCCUCAUGAGCGUGGAGCGUUUUUUGGCCGUGCGUUAUCCCUUUGCCUCAGCGGAAUGGAAGAGGCAAAACACCUUCAGGAAAGUGCUACUGUUUUUGUGGAUUGCGGCCUUCCUGUUCAGUGUGCCCACCCUCGUCACGCGGGUUGUUGGUGGGGAUUCAGGAGAGGAGCACUGUUUAUACAAUCUGUACACCUCGGACACUCAAGAACUGGUGUGUGUGCUCCUGGAGACCCUGGUGGGCUACGUAUUGCCGUUCUCCAUCCUGGUGGUGUGCUACGGCUGCCUGUGCAGUCGUAUUACACAAAUGACCUUCAAGUCCAAACGCAAGUCUACAGUCCUCAUUGCCAGCGUGGUGGUGGUGUUCGCCAUUUGCUGGACACCUUACCACAUAGGAAACAUACUAUCACUGGUUGUCCUUGCCACAAAGAGCUCCUUUCCGUACAUUGGCGUUCAUUUGGAGGAUGUGCACAGCAACAUGGCCUACAUCAGCGGAGCUAUGGCGUUCAUCAGCAGCACCAUCAACCCCAUUCUCUACAUGUUCGCCGCCCGCUCCUUCCGCAGCUCUUUGCGAGACACGGGCAUCCGGAAACUCUUCAGGCACAUCUCCAGCACCUCCCCAGGUGAAGGCAACAGAGAAUUCUCCUUUGUUUCCAAGAGACAGAACAACCAGACCAGUAGCUCCCAGUGUAACUCUUGAGUCAAAAGGGUAUAUUGACAUUUGUGGAAACAACCAAUCCUAGCAAUUUCAGACAGUGGUGUAUGUAUAUGCAUGUAUAGCCCUAUUUGUUUUUUGGUUUUUUUUGUCAGUGGUUGUAAUGUAUCUGAAAUGUAACCUUUGACUUGUACAUUCAUUAACCUAAAUCAAGUACACUGCAGUACAUGAAUCUUGAAAUAUUUUGACUCACAAGAAAACUAAGCUCUCACUCUCAGUGCAAUUUAAAAAAAACCAUAAACUACAACUGCAAUAAUAAACAGUUAAAUAUAUAAUUAAUACCUCUCUGAUAAUGUCAGUUAAAAAUCAGCCUUGUUGUUGUAAAAGUAACGGCAUGGAAGCACCACGAUUGCCUCCUAUUUCUGAGGUUGGGCGUUUGAAUACGGGGUCCAACUUUCCUGUUUGGAGUUUGUACAUUCUCCGUGGGCUUGUGUGGGUUUUCUCUAGGUACCUACGUUAGGUUAAUUGACCCCUCCGUACAGGGCACUUAACCACGCCUCCUGAAGUGACGUCACGCCACGUGCGCUGACGUAAGACAAACAGUAAAAAUGGCAAAUACAAUACAAUACAUUCUGAACUGAGACAGACUCCCUGCUUCUGAUUUCAUUCAAAUCAACGAAAUAUUAUAGAUUCUAAAUACAAUAACUCUUAACUGAGAGAGAUGCCAUGCUUCUGAUUUCAUUCAAUCAUUCACACGUAGCAAUGUUAUGCUAGCGGAGAACGUCUCAUUCAUUGAUACGAGACGUGUAUUAAAAAUCAAAUUUAGGGCAUAUCUUCGUGCAAACACAGUCUGGUUAAGCUUCGGUCGCGAGCCAGCACGAAAUCAAUAUGUUUGUGCAGUCCGAUCAUCGCUAAAUAUCGCUCAACAAAGAAUAAGUGUGUCAAUCGUUCACACGUAGUGGUGUUAUGCUAGCGGAGAACGUCUCAUUCAUUUAUACGAGACGUGUAAUAAAACUAAAAUUUAGGGCAUAUCUUUGUGCAAACACUGUCUGGUUAAGCUUCUGGCCGCGAGGCAGCAAGAAAUCAAUACGUUUGUGCAGUCCGAUCAUCGCUAAAUAUCGCUCAACAAAGAAUAAGUGUGUCAAUCGUUCACACGCAGCAGUGUUAUGCUAGCGAAGAACUUCGAAUUCAUUUAUAUGAGACAUGUAUUGAAAAUCAAAUAUAAGGCAUACCUUCAUGCAAACAUAUCUGUUCCAGUAGAUAUUAGAUGGAUUUAGUUGAAGAUGCGGUCUUCCACAAAGUUUGAUCCAUCGAAGGCAUUUUUCGUACUGGGUCUUCAGUUUUGGAAAGGGUACGAAUCGAACUCCACCAACUAGCCUUUCAGGAUACCUGUCGUCACUAUUACAAAGUCCGUGACUACACCUCUUAACCAAAUUUUUUGUUAAAUAACCCAAAUACGCGAUAAAACGCUAACAAAACCUAUACUGGACCAUGCAAUGUUGUCUGAGGAAAUGGCGGGAGCAAAAACGGGCUUUGGUUUAUGCAGAUCUCUGGUGUCUGAUUGGUCAGUGACGCGGAUUGCGCAAUAUCCACGGAGGGGUCAAUUAAAGACUCUUUGGUGUGAAUGGUUGUUUGCAUUAAACAGUAUUUGUUUAUAUGUGCUCUCCGAUGGGAAAGUAAUGAGGGGCGGAUGAUAGUGCUGAAACUUGUACACCGGGGGCGAACUGAAAAAUUGUCAAACGGGAGGGGUUGGGGUGAGGAACCCCACCCCCUCCCUUUGCGUCAUGACGCCGGGCCCCCAGUUUGAAAAGUACCGUAUUCCUCAGAUGAACCGAGUAUUGUGUAUUAAUAGUAAGUUGAAAUAUUGUUUACUUGUAUACUAUGUAUCUGAACAUUUUGAGUUAUUUUAAAUGAGAAGAACAACAGUUUCUUUUGUGUUUUCUGUAAAAAUGUAAUGCCAAAAUAAAAUAACACCCUGGCCACUUUAUUAAGUACAACUGUAUAUUAAUUGCCGUUUUAUUGUGUUUUGGAUGACAUGAUCAGAAAGUUCUCUGUUCUGUUUUUAUACUAUUGAAGUCCUUUUUCAAUCUUUGUUUAUUUUGUUCCUCAUGGAAUUUCCCUGUCGUGCUCUUUUGUGUUUAACUUAAUGUUUAAAGUAAUUAAUUUAAUUGGUUUGAGACGUAGGAAAAAAUGGUAAAAUAAUGUUUUUGACAGGUAAGACUUCUUCUUGAAAUUAGCAGCAGACGAGUCAGGCCCCUCCACUUCCUCUCCGUGACAAGAUUGCAAAAUGAAAACUGUAUGUUCCCUUUGUUGUUUCACAA